AUUUGCAUGGACGCCAUUGAAUAGAUCUUUUGAACAAAGACGUGAAUAAUAAUCAACAAUGCCUGUAGACAAAGAGAAAAUGAAAGAACUCCACAUUAAUCUCAUAUCAUCCAUAGCCUUAGACUAUCUCGACCCCUCAGUUAAUAGUGGAUACGACCACCAGAGGUUUUUGUUGAACUGCAGACGGUAUCUGAAAACACCACGAGAACAAUCUAUAAGAGAUGUUGUCAAAGUAUUGGAUUGUUUUGAACAGAAAGGUCUGAUGUCUCCAGGAAACUAUAAAGUCUUAAAAGAUGUGGUAAAAGACAUAAAUGUACAAAUUGUUGAACUAAUAAAAGACACAGAAAGACAGAUGGGCAUUUCUGGGUGUGAAGGAGACUUUGAGAGUGAUGAUGAAAAAUCAAACGACAGUAAACGCAGAAAAGACAAGGACAACAAAGCGUCUCAGGGUGGAAAAGAAUCUUUUAAAACAGACGGCGUCUCACAUGUUUACAACACAUACAAUUUUGGGAACAUCAACGCAGGAGGAGGAAUAAUUGCCUUCGGGAAUACAGGAAAUGCAAAGAUUAAACAGACGAAAUGAAAUAUAUUUUAACAUUUGUAAAUUUACAAAGAAGAUUAUCAAACUA